GCGCCUCCGGGGCGGAGCCCCCUGCCGUGCGGAAGGGGCCGGCCGAGGCGGGCAGCAGAUCGCGCCCGGCGGCGGGAGCGGCGGUGCCGGCAUGGGACGGAACGACGCUCCGGCGGGGACCUACCUUACGAGUGUGAGAGGGGAAUUGCACAAGCAUACUGUGGAUUUUUUGUUUGUACAUGCUACUUGAUUAUCUAUCUUUUAUUGACUCACUCAAAAAGAGAGAAGGAGGAUCAAACAAAAAUCAUUGUCUUUUCACUUCUGCCUGAGAGCUGUCUGAAUUUUCUAACACCUGCUGGGGAACCUACCUGGACCUUUACAAAUGGAGCAGUUUGUGCUGCAUCAGCAAAACUUUCUGCAUGGAGUGCAAGAAUAAAGUGGCUUUAAGUCAAACCGCAUGCCAGUCGUGUUAAUUGUUGUGACUGUGCCACUCCAGACUUCAAUAGGACUUUCCAAGGCAGCAGUUUCUCAUGUAGUUUGAGUGUUUUCAACUGACAUUUGAAUGAUUUUAUUAAAUCUGGUGUGGCUGUCAAAAGUAGGGAGGGGUGUGAAUUUUUUCUUCUUAAAUUCAUGGUGGGUUUUGAAGCUUUGCUUCCAAGUGUGAGCUGUGCUAUGGCAGCAACCUACAGGCUUAUGGUUACUUCUGUGAACUGCUACAGCAGUGUGGUGAUAGACCAGCACUUUCAGCACACUGUGCAUUACUGCACAGGCACUUGCCAAGUGUUUAAGCAAGGACUUACAUGCAUAGUUGCCCACCACAGUGUCUGUGCAGAGCUUGGUGUCCAAGAUGCCAACCUAGACCAUAGAAAUCCUCUUCCUGAAAAUGGACUUGCAUUGCCUGGAAAUGAGGACUACCCACAAAUUCUCCCAAAUAAUCCAAGAAUCAAAAAGGGCUCUUCAGUGCAAGCCUCCAGCAGUUUAAAAGACAUUACUGGUGAAGCAAUAAACCUUGCCAGUGGUAAAAUAAAGGAAUUCUCCUUUGAAAAACUCAAAAACUCUUCCAAUCAUGUGGCCUACAGAAAGGGAAGGAAAGUUCGAUCAGAAUCAUUCAGCAGGAGGUCAUUUGAUUUUGACAUGAUUUAUGGGCACUUCAACAACGAUGAGAACUGCCCUCCAUGUGGCUUUAUGCAGAGUCCUCCACCUGUGGAAAAAUGGCAGGAGAGCAAUGAUGGUCCAGAAGUCACCGUGAAUCCCAUGAUUCCCCUCUCACCUCAUUUCUUCUCUGAAGAAAACUUCAUUACCCAGAUUUUGGAGAAACACGCGCUAGAUGGUUCUUCUGGUGGAGAUAUUAAAGUGUGCUUAGACAUCUUGCUCAAGUGCUCAGAGGAUCUGAAAAAGUGCACAGACAUAAUAAAACAUUGCAUCAAGAAGAAGUCUGCAGACAGUGUUAGUGGAGGGAACAGUAGUGAUCCCCUGGCUAAUUCAGAAAUCUAUAUGAAUCUGAUGACAAGAUUUUCUUCCUACCUGAAGAAGCUACCCUUUGAGCUCAAGCCAUCAGGAAACAAGGAAGCUAGUGACUUGGCAGAACUGGUUAACUCUUUUCAUGGCUUGCAGCAAACUCCUUUUCUCCCAGUGUUUGGAGAUGAGCAGCCACCUAGGUAUGAGGAUAUUAUUCAGCUGCCAUCCUCAAGUGCAGCUCCCCUGGGAUUACCAGGUGAUCAGUGUGAGGCGACAAGCACCUCUCAGUCAAUCCAAACAAGUACUGUGAGCUUUACCUCAAACUCCCUCCACAGUGUCCCACAGGAGAACAGUGUGAGAGCUGUGAAAGAUGCUUCUGCUCUACCUCAGUUACCAGCCACAAGCCCUUCUGACUGCACAUCUUCCACUGAGACUCUCUACAUUGAGGAGGAGUCGGAUGGCGAAAGAACAUUAGGAAAAAUAAAGAAGGCAGAGCGGCAGAAAGGAGGCUGGGAGAGUCUAGAGCGCAGCUACCAGCUAGCUGCUAGUUCAGAUCUAACUGCCAAUGCUAAAGCAGAACAUGACAGAGUGGGAGAUGCUGAGCUCUCCCAUGCGUCUGAGAAAAUGACUCCUUUAAAAACAGUUUCAGAUUCUGUACUGUGUGGUUCCCAAGCCAAUGUCUCCAAAGGAGAACAGAUGGGUAGUAAGAUAGACAAGGAGGAGAUAGACAAACUGCUGCUGGACUUGGAGUGCUUCUCUCAGAAAAUGGAGAAUACUUUGAGGGAACCCCCUCUAAAAGAGAAUGAACCUGCCUCUUUGCAGGUGGCUGGCUGGCAUGGUAGGCAGGUACUACCUCAGGCUCUUGAACCCAAAAGUAAACCCAUUGACCCCACUUCCCCUUUGUCAAAAAUCAUGGAAAUCAAUGGUCAUAAAAUGGAAGAGGACGAUAAAGCCCUUUUGCUGCGUAUCCUGGAAAGCAUCGAGGACUUUGCCCAGGAACUGGUGGAAUUCCGGACAGGCAAGGGAAGCUUGUCCAAAGAGAGGGAAGUGAUGCAGAUUCUUCAGGAAACUUUAACAACUCCUUCACAGUCCCUGCUUGCAGGGCAAAAAAGCUAUACUGGAGCUGCCUCCAGAGACUCUGUUCCAGCUUCAAUUCAGCAGGCCCCAGAAGUGAUUAAGGUUCAGAGUAAACAAGAGAAGAAACCUGGAGCUUCAUCCCCAGUCUCUUUGAACUCCACGGUUAGCCCUUGCUCCCUCCUGCCUGUGAAUAAAGCCGCCAGCAGUACGCCUUUGUCAAUAAACAUUCCACGUUUCUACUUCCCUAAAGGACUUCCGAAUAUCUGCACUAAUCAUGAAGAAAUCAUUGCCAGGAUUGAGGAAGCCUUUAGAGAGUUUGAAGAUGAGAAAGCAAACAUCUGUCAAAUGGGAAAAAUUGCUAAGACAUGUGACUGCCCACUCUACUGGAAAGCACCUAUGUUCAUUGCAUCUGGAGGAGAAAGGACAGGAUGUGUGUCUGUACACUCAUUUGUAUCUAUGUGGAGAAAAAUCCUACGUAACUGCCAUGAUGAUGCAUGCAGAUUCACCUACCUUUUAGCAAAGCCUAACUGUGACUACCUAGAGCAGGAGGACUUCAUCCCACUGCUUCAGGAUGUGGUGGAAACACAUCCUGGCCUGACGUUCCUGAAGGACGCUCCAGAGUUCCACUCCCGGUAUAUUACGACGGUUAUACAGAGAAUAUUCUACACCGUCAAUCGGUCCUGGUCUGGGAAGAUCACUCUAACAGAGCUGAGGAAAAGCAACUUCUUGCAAACUCUUGCUCUCUUGGAAGAAGAGGAUGACAUAAAUCAGAUCACAGAUUAUUUCUCCUAUGAACACUUCUAUGUUAUAUACUGUAAAUUCUGGGAGCUGGAUACUGACCAUGAUCUUUACAUCAGCCAGAAGGAUCUGGCUAGGUACAGUGAUCAAGCCUUAUCAAACAGGAUCAUUGAGCGAAUAUUCAGCGGUGCUGUGGUGAGAGGCAAUGAAGUUCAAAAGGAAGGCCGCAUGACUUACGCUGAUUUUGUGUGGCUCCUGAUUUCAGAGGAAGACAAAAGGAGUGCUACAAGCAUUGAGUACUGGUUUCGGUGCAUGGACCUGGAUGGGGAUGGAGUGCUCUCCAUGUAUGAACUGGAGUACUUCUACGAGGAGCAGUGCGAGCGGAUGGAAGUGAUGGGUAUAGAACCACUGCCCUUCCAUGACCUGCUGUGUCAGAUGCUUGAUCUUGUUAAGCCAGAGAGGGAAGGGAGAGUAACCUUGCGAGAUCUGAAGAGGUGCAAGAUGGCUCAUGUGUUCUACAACACCUUCUUCAAUUUAGAGAAGUACCUGGACAAUGAACAGAGGGAUCCCUUUGCAGUGCAAAAGGACAUUGAAAAUGAUGGCCCUGAACCCUCUGACUGGGACAGGUAUGCUGCGGAGGAGUACGAGAUUCUCGUGGCUGAGGAGUCUGGGAAUGAGCAGUUACAAGAAGGAUCAUUUGAAGAUGACUAUGACACAGAAGAAGUCUUAUCUCCCCCUGAAACUGGAGACAAGUCAACUAGUUUGUCUAUCUCAGACAUCUCAGCAUAAAGACAUGGAAGACAUUUAGUGGAGAUCUUUCAAACUGGAUAGCAUUCAGUCCCAGGACACUUAGGGAUUUUUCUUCAAUCUGCCAUUGGAGCAACGUGCUUUUUGUACACUGUAACCUGAGAGCCCUCCUUCUCUUCCUGUGUAAUUGCAAUACAGUAAUUUCUAUCAAAAAGGCUUUUUCCAAUGUGUUAUCAGGCACGCCCAUUAAAAAUGGUGACUGCACCUUGCUUGCUUUGUAGAGAAAUUGUUUUGUCCCCAGAUGUGCAAUAAAUGCCUGCAUCUAAUGAUCAGCUCUAACA